AAGACGGUAACUUACAAAAGCAAUCAGUAAGAGUGGGACAUAACUUAUGCAUGAGAUUUCUUUUUGUUGAUUUUUUCUGUUGGUUUAAUCUGUUUUGUUAUGUCUAAACAGGUUAUACAAGAUUUGUACAAAAAUGCAUCAGAAAAAAAAAAUGUUAAAAAUACAAGUAAGAAGAGAUUGUUUCAUAUGACAUUUUUACAAGAUAUACCGAUUGAAGACAUGUAAACAUGUACAUCUUGUGCCCGCAGCUUUUCGGCCAAAGCCAAAGAGCUGGUUUGGGUCCCAUUGCCAACAUAAAUCAUCAGCAUCUACUUUUACUCCUGGUUGCUCUCUGUGAGUGUGCUACAGUGUUAAAAUUUAGCCUUGAGUGAGCCAGUGCUCACAUUCAGCCCUAUAGACGACUGGGUGAGAGAUCAUCGUCUCGUCUCAAUAGCACAGCUUCACCAGUGUAGAGGCUUUAACACUACAGGUUUAAAUUAAUAAGGGGUGAAAAUGGUUUUAUUGAAAAUAAAAAUAUCCUACACUUGAAAAAAAAAAAUGUGUUAACAAUACAAAUGUGGGUGAUAAUCUGUUCCUUUGGUAAUUUACCUACUACAAAAUCAUUUGUAUUUGUUAAAUGUAUUUAUUUUUUUAUUAAUUAUAUGAGCAUAGUAAAUGAUAAAUGUAUUAUUAACAUUAGAGCCCAUAUCUUUUAGUCCUAUAUUUGAAAUAGGAUAAGUUGCAGGGUGGUGGGGUGGGAAAAGGUGUAUUCAGGUACAGUAAAAUACCACCUUUAUUAUUUAAUUGUUUUUUUUUUUUUUUUCCUUCCAGUGACAGUUGAGUGACCAAGUUACUUUGAAAAGCUUGACAGACUAUUUUACAAGUCAUACAGUGAGAAUUGUAUUUUAAUAUGUGGCUGGUCUACUCACUUUAAAAGGGAGCGGACUUUUGUUUUCUUUCUCUCUUUUUUUUUUUUUUUUGAAAUUUUAUUUUAUAAACUAUCAUAGCAACAAACACGUCUUCAGUAUGUCAGCAGUUCCCCUUUUGUCAUUACAGUACAACAACUAACCUGUAGAUGGAGUCAUUGCUCCGAGUCUUAAUCCACACAGAGUUUGGGCUUGUAUACUGCAUUUGGACGGUUUAUCGCUGUGUUAUUUUGGGGAUUGACUGAUAAUAUCUCAACGGAGUGGGCAGCUGCACAUAGAAAACCCGUUAAGCUGAGUAACACACUAAAGCACAGUGCAACACCGAUUGUCUUUCUCCCUAAAGUAUCACUCACAGUGAAAACGAGUAGCCAGCAACAACGACCACCUUACAUUAUAUAUCUCUACAGUUACUGCUGCAGCUACAGGAAAUCUUGUUCAACCCCUUGAGCAGGUUUAGUCUUCUGUGUAAAAGACAGUGAAGCACAUUUUGAGUCCAUACACUAACUCGCAGCCCAUUAUAGUUGGUGGUAAAAAGUCCGGUUCCACCCCCCUCCCCCCCUCCCCUUCAUCCCUCAGCGCUAUAGUUGCGGUUUUAAAUGCAGUAUAUAAGCGCUGGUCUUGUGGUAAACGGACGAGGAGAGAGGUGAUUAAAGUUAGCCGUGCCAUCUGAAUGUCCACUGACCAUCUCUUUUCACUGCAGGAAGGCUUCAAAAACCCAACUGUACUCAUCCGAAACGUUGUUUCUCUGCAGCUACUACAAUCCAUGCAAUAAAAACAGUAUAAUUAACCCGCGUGUUGAGGCACGUUCUUGCUUUCUUUCUUUAUCUCUCUGUCAGCGUGAAUGCGUCAGUAUGAACCACGUACUGUGAUCUAAACUGAUUUGGAAAGUUGCAUUACUGAAACAAAAAAAAAAAAAAAGAAAGAAGAACUGUGGGUGUUAAUGUGUGUGUGCAUGACAGAGAUGGAGGUGGGGCAUCCUCGCGCAGAUCAGCGCGUACACGGACAGUUGUACAGGAGCACGGGGACCACAACACGCUCUCCCAGCCUGCACCCUACCGGUUAGUGAUGUAGAUUUAUCCGCGGGACGUUACCGAAAUCUAGCCAGUAUGCUGACAUGGCACUAAGGAUGACUUGGGUGACUGAUAGACAACCCUUCUCUUAUACCUCCUAGGGAGCGGAGCUGCCGACCUCAACGGUCUGUUAUAUCCUGAAUCCUGGUGGGAUCAUCUCUGAUGAUCUUUGUUGCUGCCCUCACCAACUCCGGUUUUCCUCCUGUUCUUCCUCCUUGUCCCUCUCCUCCCCUUUCUUAAACUCCCCUCCCCUCCCUCUCUGUGUCUCCCAGCCCCGGGCUUAUUACUCAAACCCACUGAAGGGAGCAAGACAGUAGCUGGCAAAGGAUGAAGCGGGUCUGCCUGCCAACACCAGACAGAGAAUAGAAGACACAAAAGGACUAGCGGAGGGGAGAGAGACAGAGAGAUCGACUGGUGGAGAGGACUACAACAAAUCUGUGAGAGAAGCAACAACAACAUUCAAGAUGCCACGCCGAAGGAAAAACACAAGUUUCACUUGAGCGUCAUGAGUUAGCAAGCGGCACCAAACAGAUCUAGAACUGUGGACGUCUUUCUGACAAACUUUUAGCUCACACACACAAAAGAGUUGUGGAGACCCACGCUCCUGCUCUCUGGGGCUCCUUGUUAAUACCUGCUAUGCCUCUGUAAGAAGUGUUAGCCAUGCCAGCCAAGGGGAAGUACCUGUUGAACGACCAGGAGCUGAAAAAUGAGGCACUGUACCGCAAAUUCUCCUGCAGCAGCCAGUAUCAGCCGCUGGUGCUCCUGCUGGGCCUCUCCAUCCUCUCCUGUGCAAUCCUCCUCAUCCUCUUCUUUGCCCUUCGACUGAGUGCAAAGGAACACUGUGUCUUUGUGGGCGUGGUAAGCGGCAGCCUGUGUGUGUUCCUGGCCGUGUUUGUGCUGGUGUUUACAGAGGUAGUCCCACAGCGAUGGAGACUUCUACUGGGCCUGAUUGUCUGGGCCACACACCUCACCAUGGGCUACACUUUCAUCUUCAAGGGCCCCAUCAUCCUGCCUUGGGACCAGGUGCCUUUCUUCCUCUUCAUCAUCUUCACCGUGUACACCAUGCUACCGUUCCAGCUGUUGUACGCUGUGGUGCUGAGCGUCCUCUCCUCCCUAUCCCACAUUAUGGUCCUCAUUCUCAGCACUGAGCACACUCCUUACCUUGUUAACCAGCUGCUGUCCAAUGUAGUGGUUUUUCUGUGUGGCAAUGCGGUGGGAGCCUUCCAUAAGGUCCUGAUGGAGAAAACCCUGAGGCAGACCUUCCAAGACACCCUUAGGAGCCUGAGCAUGCGGAUGAAGCUGGAGAUAGAAAAAAGACAACAGGAGAACCUGCUGCAGUCUGUGCUGCCAGUCUAUAUUUCCAUGAAGAUGAAGCUGGCAAUCAUGGAGCGCCUACAAGACUGUAAAGACAAAGCAGAGCAACAGCGACUGGUCAGAGAUAAUAACUUCCACAGCCUUUAUGUCAAGAGGCACGAGAACGUCAGUAUUCUGUAUGCUGACAUUGUCGGCUUCACCCGGUUGGCCAGUGACUGUUCUCCCAAGGAGCUGGUCAUCAUGCUUAAUGAACUGUUUGGAAAAUUUGACCAAAUUGCCAAGGAAAAUGAAUGCAUGAGAAUCAAGAUCCUUGGUGACUGCUACUACUGUGUGUCAGGGCUGCCGGUCUCUCUGCCUAAACACGCCAAGAACUGUGUCAAGAUGGGUCUCGACAUGUGUGAAGCCAUCAAGCAGGUACGCGAGGCCACAGGAGUGGAUAUCAACAUGAGAGUGGGCGUGCAUUCGGGCAACGUGCUCUGCGGUGUUAUUGGUCUUCGCAAAUGGCAGUUUGAUGUGUGGUCACAUGACGUCACUCUGGCCAAUCACAUGGAGUCGGGAGGCCUUCCAGGACGUGUCCACAUCACAGAGGCGACUCUGAAACACCUGAACAAGGCUUAUGAAGUAGAAGACGGGAACGGCCACAUCAGGGACCCCUACCUAAAAGAGCUCAAUGUCCAAACCUACCUGGUCAUUGAUCCACGGUCUAAGGACCCAUCACUGAACUCCCGUACCGUGCCUAAACCUCGUGUGAAUGAUGGUCUGAAGAUGCGGGCAUCCGUGCGUAUGACCCGUUACCUGGAAUCAUGGGGGGCCGUCAAACCUUUUGCCCACCUCCAGAACCGAGAGGGUUUCACCCCAGACACCAUUGUCAAUGGCAAGUCGCGCCUCAAGGACAUUCCCCUGCGAACAGCCCCCAGCUCCAAGGUCACUGAGAGCUUUGAUGAAUCUCUAGAGGAACCGUUCUCCUUGCCCACACCUCCGUUCAGCAGCUAUAAGAACAAAUCCCAGAAGAGUAAGUUUGACGAGGAGCUGCACAAUGAGAUGACCACCACCAUAGAUGAGCUGAGCAGCAAACAGUGGUCUAAGUCUGAAGAGAGUGGCAGUUUAGCUUUGUGGUUUCCAAAGAAAGAUCUGGAAAAACAGUACCGAGCCCUGGAUUUGCCGAUGUUCAAACACUACGUUGGCUGUGCCACCUUCAUCUUCCUCUGCAUCUUUUCGGUUCAGAUGUUUGUUACCAAGGAUCGACAGAUGUUGGGGAUGUCAUUUGCAGUGUUGGUGUGUGUGCUGCUGCUGACCCUGGCCAUCUGUUUCGCAGGUCACUUACAGCGCCUGUUUCCAGAGAAGCUGUCAAGGUGCCAGUGGCUGCCAGCUGUGUCGGAGGCGGUGGUAAAGCGGCCAUGCAUGCGCCUCCCUCUGGCCACCAUCACUACCACGGUCAUCAUUAUCUUGGCAGUGUUCAACCUGUGCUUCGUCCACACACCAGUGACAGAAGAUAUGACCAACCUGUGUCACACAAAUCAUUCCUAUGCGAAGAGUUUAGAGGAAGUCCUCUUCUACUUGCCUUACUCUGUAUACUGCUGUAUCCUGUCCCUCAUUGCGUGUGGAGUCUUCCUCCGGGUGAGCUUUGAGCUCAAAGUGCUCUUCCUCACCGUGGCCUCCACGGCAUACUACAUCAUCAUCUUCAGCACCAAGAGGGAGCUCUUUAUGGCCUACGGAAAUGUCCUCUAUGCUCAGACCAAUAACAGCUGGAACUUCAGCAGCAGCGACGAUGAAUCCAUCCUGAGGUGGAUAGGGCUGGUGAAACACCCCCAGGUGAUGAGCUGCAUAUACAUCACGCUGUUCCUGGUUACUAUGCUCAUCAUCUCACAACAGAACGAGUCCUGCUUCCGCCAGGACUUCCUGCUAAAGUACAAGAACCGCACAGAGCAGGACGAGGUCGAGACCAGGGAGAACCUGAACCGCCUGCUGCUGGAGAACGUGCUGCCGGCCCACGUGGCAUCGCUGUUCGUCGGGGAGAAUAAAAAGAACGAGGACCUCUACUACAAGUCCUAUGACUGCGUGUGCGUGAUGUUCGCCUCGGUGCCGGAUUUCAAAGAAUUUUACACAGAGUGUGAUAUCAACAAGGAGGGCCUGGAAUGCCUGAGGUUGCUCAACGAGAUCAUCGCCGACUUUGACGAGCUUCUGUCCAAGCCGAAGUUCAGCGGCGUGGAGAAGAUCAAGACAAUUGGCAGCACUUACAUGGCUGCUGCUGGGCUUAGUGGGACGCCUGGUCAGGAGAACAAUCAGGACAGAGAAAGGCAGCAGGCCCAGAUAGGGAACAUGGUGGAGUUUGCCAUCGCUCUGAUUGGCAAGUUGGAUGGCAUCAACAGACAUUCCUUCAAUAACUUCAGGCUUCGUGUGGGCAUUAAUCAUGGCCCGGUGAUAGCUGGAGUGAUCGGGGCAAGGAAACCUCAGUAUGACAUUUGGGGCAACACGGUCAAUGUAGCCAGCAGAAUGGAGAGCACCGGGGAGCUCGGAAAGAUCCAGGUAACAGAGGAAACGUCCAAAGUACUGCAGAAGCUGGGCUACUCGUGCGAGUGUCGAGGAUUUAUCAACGUUAAGGGCAAAGGGGAGCUAAAAACCUUCUUUGUGUGCACCGACAUGAGCAAGCAGCAAGGUAUGGGGCUGAGCUGAGGCCAGGCUGCCACGGUCAACAGAACUGGAGACAGACUCAUACACACAAGUCAAAGAGUUUACAAAGUCCUGCACGCCACAGGUGUUGAGACCUGUAACCCAACUGUAAUACAGCUGUGUUCCUGUGAUGUUGCUGAACGAAAAUACUGAGGCGUAUUAGAGAUUUAAAGGAACUGCCGCCGUGCUGUGUGGUGGAUGUGACAUUGAACACUCUCUGCCCUGGGACGUGGCAGUCAUGGUCGGGAGACGGUCAGUAUGUACAAUCACUGUCUUUUUCUAUUCACAAACACAUUUACAUCCAGUGAUCAGCGACUUUUGUACUGAUCACUGGUGUGUUGUCUUUUUUUGUUGUUGUCUUUAACUUAGAUGUUGUUUGUGAAAGAAAAAAAAAAAGUAUAUUGUACGAAGCCAAAUACAGUUGCUUAA